UCGUACACGUGUUAAUUAGCAAUUGGAAUAGAAUCUAACGGUUGGUUGAGAGCGCGGGUGUUAACUCGCUCUUGUUAUCCCGUAACUUAUAUGCGUGUCAGCACUUUGAAGAAAGUAACAAGAAGAAGAAAAUGGCGCUACCCCUUCUUCGAAUUCCUGGUAGUUCUUCCAUUCCAUUUGUUACCACGAAGCCGCACUCUCUUCCUUCCAGAAGCCUCCGCAAGACGACGGUGGCAGCAGCGGAGCUUCAAACACCGGUGGGAGUGUUAGGCAGAACCGAUUUCCGGUAUCCGAAUGUUGAAGCACCUAGCCAUAAGGUCAAAGUCCAUGACAGAGAACGUGGAAUCGUUCACGAAUUUCUCGUUCCUGAGGACCAAUAUAUAUUGCAUACUGCUGAGUCCCAGGAUAUUACACUUCCAUUUGCCUGCAGGCAUGGUUGUUGUACAAGCUGUGCUGUUCGUGUAAAGAGUGGGAAGAUUAGACAGCCAGAGGCACUUGGGAUAUCUGCCGAAUUGAGAGAGCAGGGUUAUGCACUUCUUUGUGUGAGUUUCCCAUGCUCUGACCUUGAAGUAGAAACUCAAGAUGAAGAUGAGGUAUAUUGGCUUCAAUUUGGACGUUAUUUUGCAAGAGGAGCAGUGGAAAGAGAUGACUAUGCCUUGGAGUUGGCCAUGGGUGACGAGUAAUCUGGGUACAAAAACUAUAUUCAAAGAAUGCGAGUUUUAUUUCCUUCAUUCUUUUCAUAUGUACCACCGACAUUUCAAGUUAAAGACAUGUUCGAGUGUUCAACAUGUGUUAGUUUUCGACACUCGUACUACACUAGCAUAUACUCAUGUGAUUAUAUUCUAUUAUUUUCAUUUUCUCAAAUUAUAUUUUCAUUUUGGUCAGUUAUGGUUAGUGUCUACAUGUUAGUCUUAGUGAGUGUCGUAUUCAUUGUUUGUGUCUUUAUGUGUCCGUGCUUCAAAACUCUUAUCCCCCCUAUGUUUGUGUAUUCUCUGCUGUCAUUUUGUUAUCAUAUAGUACAUUAUUAUUGUUUGCAUAGUAUAGAAGAUUUGACAUGCUUUUGGAUCA